AAUAAUAAAUUGGGAAAGAAAUAAAGAGCCGCUUCUGAGUUCUCCGUUAAUCGCCAAAUAUAAAACGUUUCAAAGGGCAUCUUCAUUCGUCGGCGGCCGCCGAGAAAUAUCCAUGUAUACGACAACGUUUUGAACUCGCUGAAUGCAGUAAGAGAAAAGCGAUGAGCGGGAAUCAUCCGAUUCUGAAAAAACCCAAAAUAGAGCACGAAAACGACGCCGCACAAAUGGCGGAAGAUAAAAAAGAUGAACAAGGAAGAGAAAGAGAGGUAGGCACGAGCAUACAAGAACAAGAAGAGGCUUUAAUUGCUCUGAUCGAACACCGUUCUCGCGAAGUUGAUCAUCUCAAGAAACGUAUUUCUUAUUAUCAAUCUCAGCUUGAAGAAACAGAGAAGAAGUUGCAGGUUUCAGAAUCUCAAUUUGCUCGGCUACGUGCACAAAGGAUUGUGUCACCAUCUAAGGCUUCACAGGCAAGUGGGACUAAAAGUGUGAAGGUGAUCCCACCUAUCCAUGUUGAUGAAGGUUCUUCUAGGAGCCAGCCUCAGAACAAAACUCAACUUCUAAUUCCUGCAAUAAAUCCAAAAGCAUUCCAACCCAAAUUAUCAUCAGGGUCUGGUGCAAGAGCUUCUUCUGUUUCCAAUUCUCGGUCAAGUCCUUCCAGGCUUACUAAUUCAGUUACAAAAUCUAAAGAGGAAAAAGUUCACAGAAGGUCUCCUGAUGCUGAAGUCGAGGAUAGGGGAAUAAAAAGGAAGCUCGAACAGAAAGAACAUAAGGAGUUGAUUCCCUUGAUACGCAGUAGGUCUUCUCCUUGCACUAUCGACUGCUAUUCAAGCAAUCACAUCUCUAGUCAGCACAAGAGAAAGUUAAGAAGUCUUGUUCUCUGUCCUGUAAAUGAUCAGCUUUUUGCCACCAGUGCUUUGGAUGGAAUCAUCAACUUAUGGCAAAUUCAGUCACGAGGAUCAACUGCCUCUCUUCUCAGUGGUACUGAUUGCUUAUCUGCAAAGGAAAGGCGAUGGCCAGAAGACAUAGCUUGGCAUCCACUUGGAAACAGCUUAGUUUCUGUUUACAGUGCUGAUAAUGGGGAUUCUCAGAUAUCAAUUCUAAAUUUGAACAAAACACAAGGGAGAUCCCGAAUCACUUUCAUAGAGGAGAAGCCACAUGUGAAAGGCAUUAUUAACAGCAUAUCAUUCAUGCCCUGGGAAAAUGCCAGCUUUGCCACCGGUGGCAGUGAUCAUGCAGUUGUAAUUUGGAGUGAGAAAGAUGAUGAAUUCUCGUGGAAGCCAAAGGUAUUGCACAGGAAUCUCCAUUCUUCUGCAGUUAUGGGAGUUGUUGGGUUGCAACACAAACACAUUGUGCUAUCGGCUGGUGCAGACCGGAGAAUUAUAGGUUUUGAUGUUGAAUCAGGGAGAGCAGACUUCAAGCAUCAAUUAGACAAUAAAUGCAUGAGUGUUGUUCCAAAUCCAUGUGAUUUCAAUUUAUUCAUGGUUCAAACAGGGAUACCGAAGAAGCAGCUAAGAUUGUUUGACAUUAGACUUAGGCAGACAGAACUUCAUUGUUUCGGGUUUAAACAAGAAAGCAGUGACUCUCAGUCAGCUUUGAUCAAUCAGGCUUGGUCUCCAGAUGGUUUAUAUGUCACAUCUGGUUCGGUAGACCCAGUGAUUCACAUCUUUGACAUCAGGUACAAUUCCGACAAGCCAUCUCAAUCUGUGAGAGCUCAUAGCAAGCGAGUUUUCAAAGCAGUCUGGCACAGCUCUUUUCCCCUUCUCAUUUCGGUGUCUUCUGAUCUGCACAUUGGGUUGCACAAGAUUAAGUAAAGUUUAUCAGCUUGUUGGUAUCGUAAGUCUUACAUUUUUGCUCAUUUUCAUUUUGAUUCUCCUCGUUUUGAUUUGAAGGGAGAGCUCUAUAACUUUGAUUUUUUAAGAGGAAGAGCUUAUCCGAGUUCAAGGUCUUCAUCCAUAUUUAGCGCCGAAUGAUCAUUGAUCAUCAUCGCAAGGGAAUGGUGGGUGAUUUCACAAAAUUUUGCCAUUGUAAUGAAGUAAAAACGAUGAAGGAGUUUCUGAGAAUUAGCAAAUUGUUGUGAAUUAGUUGUUAGAUGACAAUAGAACAAACAAUUAUCAUUGGGGAAGAAAGAAACUAUAAUCAAAGGUUAAUUUAGUGUUU